CGGAGCCCGGCAACCCGCAAGUCCAGGCGGAAAGUUGGCAGCCGCCGCUCCCCUCGCCCGCCUCCCUCCUCGGCCCUCCACCCCCCUCCGGGCGAUACGGCGGAGGCGGGGGGUUGGGGGAACUGGCCUCGUGUUUUGGAACAGCUGCAGCCGGCGCUGGGCCCGCCUGGAAUGCGGGAACAGGCUGCGCACCAGGACUUUUAUGGAAACUUGCUGCCGGAGACAGCGGCGGCGGCCAGAGGGCUCGCAGCGGCUGGAGCGUCGGCGGCAGCGUCCGGAGCGCCCGGACCCCUACCCACCCCCCGGCGCCUGACGCGCACAGCUUCCCCGAGCGCAUCCCGGACCUUGGCGUGUUCUCGGCUUGAGGCGGGUGCAUAAAAUUACAAAGCUUCAUAAUCACCCUACGACCACCGAGCGCAAACAUGAAUGAUAUUUCCCAAAAGGCUGAGAUUCUGCUUUCUUCAUCUAAACCUGUACCAAAAUCCUAUGUGCCAAAACUUGGCAAGGGUGAUGUAAAGGAUAAGUUUGAAGCCAUGCAGAGAGCCAGGGAAGAAAGAAAUCAAAGGAGAUCUAGAGACGAAAAGCAAAGAAGAAAAGAACAAUAUAUUAGAGAGAGAGAAUGGAACAGGAGAAAGCAGGAGAUUAAAGAAAUGCUUGCUUCUGAUGAGGAAGAGGUAUCUUCUAAAAUAGAAAAGGCUUAUGUCCCAAAGCUAACAGGAACUGUUAAAGGUAAAUUUGCUGAAAUGGAGAAACAAAGACAAGAGGAACAAAGGAAGAGAACAGAGGAGGAACGAAAACGCAGAAUUGAGCAGGAUAUGUUAGAAAAGCGGAAGAUUCAGCGUGAAUUAGCAAAAAGGGCUGAGCAGAUUGAGGACAUAAACAAUACGGGAACUGAAUCAGCAUCAGAGGAAGGAGAUGAUUCACUGCUGGUAACAGUGGUACCUGUCAAAUCGCACAAAACAUCUGGCAAAAUAAAAAAGAAUUUCGAAGAUCUAGAAAAAGAGCGAGAAGAAAAGGAAAGGGUCAAAUAUGAAGAAGAUAAAAGAAUAAGAUAUGAAGAACAACGUCGAUCUCUCAAGGAAGCAAAGUGUCUUUCAUUGGUCAUGGAUGAUGAACUGGAAAACGAGGCAAAAAAAGAAUCAUUUUCUCCUGGAAAAUUGAAACUGACUUUUGAAGAAUUGGAAAGACAGAGACAAGAAAACCGAAGGAAGCAAGCUGAGGAGGAGGCAAGAAAACGUUUAGAAGAAGAGAGGCGGGGUUUUGAAGAAGCAAGGAGGCAAAUGGUAAAUGAAGAGGAAGAAAACCAAGACACAGAAAAUAUUUUUAAAGCGUACCGCCCUGGUAAACUCAAACUCAGCUUUGAAGAAAUAGAAAGACAGAGGAGAGAAGACGAAAAAAGGAAAGCAGAAGAAGAAGCCAGAAGAAGAAUAGAGGAAGAAAAGAAGGCAUUUGCUGAAGCAAGGAGAAGCAUGGCAGUAGAUGAUGACUCCCCAGAGAUGUAUAAAACAAUCUCUCAAGAAUCUCUUACACCGGGAAAACUGGAAAUUAAUUUUGAAGAAUUAUUAAAACAAAAAAUGGAAGAAGAAAGACGACGAACAGAGGAGGAACGGAAGCAUAAGUUAGAGAUGGAAAAACAGGAAUUUGAACAACUGAGACAAGAAAUGGGAGAGGAAGAGGAAGAAAAUGAAACCUUUGAACUGAGCAGGGAAUAUGAAGAAUUAAUCAAAUUGAAAAGAAGUGGCUCUAUUCAAGCUAAAAAUCUAAAAAGCAAGUUUGAAAAAAUUGGACAGUUGUCUGAAAAAGAAAUACAGAAAAAGAUAGAAGAAGAACGAGCAAGAAGAAGAGCAAUUGACCUUGAAAUUAAAGAGCGAGAAGCAGAAAACUUUCAUGAGGAAGAAGAUGUUGAUGUCAAGCCUGCAAAAAAAAGUGAGGCUCCAUUUACUCAUAAAGUGAAUAUGAAAGCUAGAUUUGAACGAAUGGCUAAGGCAAGAGAAGAAGAAGAACAAAGAAGGAUUGAAGAGCAAAAGCUGCUACGAAUGCAGUUUGAACAAAAGGAAAUUGAUGCAGCACUACAAAAGAAAAGAGAAGAGGAGGAAGAAGAAGAGGGUAGCACCAUGAACGGCUCCACUAUAGAAGAUGAGGAAGAAACCAGAUCAGGAGCUCCGUGGUUUAAGAAGCCUCUAAAAAACACAUCGGUAGUAGAUAGUGAGCCAGUUAGAUUUACUGUUAAAGUAACAGGAGAACCCAAACCAGAAAUUACAUGGUGGUUUGAAGGAGAACUAUUGCAGGAUGGAGAGGACUAUCAGUAUAUUGAAAGAGGAGAAACUUACUGCCUUUAUUUGCCAGAAACUUUCCCAGAAGAUGAAGGAGAGUAUAUGUGUAAAGCAGUGAACAAUAAAGGUUCUGCAGCUAGUACCUGUAUUCUUACCAUUGAAACUGAUGACUACUAGGUUCCCUUCUCUGUCCCUGGAACUCUCUCUCUCUCUCCGACUUUCUUACUACAUCCAUCUUUUCUGUGGCGGGGCCAAAAAAAAAAAGGAAACCGGAAGUGCCACUAUGUUGACUUCUUAUUCCUUUCCCUAACAGUCUUCAAAAUGCAAGCUCAUCUAAAUACCUAAGUCUUCCUUUUCAAAUGAGCACCAGAUUCAUCGCCAUAUUAUACAGAAGUUAAUGUGUAAUUUUAUGGGGCAAAGUGGGAAAUUCACCAUUAAUUCUAUUGCAACCUAUUACAAAGUAAGGCUAUGUAUUUCCCAUGUUUAUAAGCAAUUGUUUUAAAAAAAUCAUAAAUGGAACAUAUUUGCAUGAAAGACUAUUUAUGAACUAUUCACACCUAAAAUUAGUUUAAAAUAGCUGAGACUUAAUGAAUUGGGAACCUUUGAAUUUGAGUGGGCUUUUCUUCUCAGUAGUAUAUACCAUUUUGGUUGUUGUAGUAGUUUCAGUCUUCUGGAGCAGAGAUAUGAGGGAGUAGGAGUUACCAGUUCUCCCUCUGUGUGGAGAAAAAAAAAGUUAAAAGACUUAAACAACUUCUAGAGUCAAUCUGAUGGAAACCACUGCCUUUUACAUACUGGAUUCUGAGUGUUAAGAAUAUUAAACAUGUACUUUUCAAAUGUGCAUAAUAUAUAUUCAUGCUUAUAAAGCAAAUUUAUGUUGUGACCUUGCCUGAACAAAUUAUAUUUUAAUGAGGAAACUUUGUACUAAUAGUUUGUGCAGGAGAUACACUUCCAAUAUAAUUGAAGAUUUCAAGACCCAAGAGAAUCAGAUUUAGAGGAAAAUGGCACAAUCUUAAAUUUUAAGUUUUUAAAGUGAGUUUGUAAAUAAUUAACUACCAUGUUCUAUUAUCAAGUUUUAUAUUUUAAUUUUCUGGAAGUCAAUUUUAUUUUACAAAUGUAAACCCAUAAUAAAGUAACUUCUGUAUUUAAAAAAAAAAUCUUUUUGUAUUUUAGAAAAGAGACACACACUUCCUUAUAAUAUUCACCAAUGUACAUUUUUUAUUGAGGAAACCAUAAUCAAUACAAAAUUACAGCAAUCAUGUACCCUUUUACAGACAAUGGUAUUAAAGCAAACUCUAAACCACAGUUUGUAAAGUAUUCAAUUUACCUCAAGUCCAAGCUGCAUCUCCCUAAGACACUGUUCCCAUCACAGUAGCCAUUUUAAGCCAAUCUUCUUUUUACACGGGUAGUUUCUGUAGAGAACACUUUUCUCAGGACGAAAAUGCAUUGAGCAUGCAUAAGAAAAAAUAUAUAUAUAUAUGUGCAAAUACAUCUAAGAGUUUCCAUAGGGGUAUCACUGGAGAAAAUAAAAUCCUGUGAUUUAUUUGCUUUCUUAAAAGCACCAAUUAAAAAAAAAUCCCUCAAAAGUUUAUACUGUGGCAAGAAACUCGAGUGACUAAACAAAAAACAAGGUUAUUUUCAGAGUCAAAAUUAUCUUUAGCCAGGUAUUGUUAAAAUACACUUUAAAGUGAGGCAGAAUUUUCAGAAAAUAAAAAGACAUCUUCAUUAAUUAGUACUUUCUACAGUCUUACUCUAGACAACAGAUAAGUUUGCAGGCAGAAGUGGUUCUACUGGAGGAGUAUUCCAACAAAUGUUACCAAUUCUGAAUAUAUUCCUAUUUUCCCCUUAAGUACUCUGUUUACUCCUACCCAAACCCACUCCUGUGAAUUAACUAUCAAGUAUUUGUCUACGGAUAUUUUACAGUGUUUAUAAACAACUAGUAUUAAAUCACUAGUCUUAGUAUUAAAAACCAUUUUCAUUAAUUAAAAAUAAAAGUAUAUUUCCCAUUUUUAAAAGAAACAUUAAACUAUGAGAAUUCUAAGUAUCAUCAAAUUAAGAUAUCUUAAAAACAAAACACAUUGUCAAGUUUAAGUGCUAAAUAAAAUAAAUCAGUUCAAUUUCAAGCUAAACAUUGUUUCUACCACUCCUAACAUCCACUGCAUUUAAAUCAACUGGCUCACCUUUUCUGCUUUCCAUUUAUUUCAAGGUUAAGAUUAGCGGCCAUUUAAAAAAUGCCUGCAGUAUCAGUGAAGGCUUAUGAUAAUUUAAAAAAUUUUCACGAGAUAGAAACAAUGCCCCAAUAUCUAUUAGCAUUCAAAUGUAUUUUAUAAAAAUGCAAACUACAACUAACUGAAAAGUUGAUAGGCUCUUAAGGUUCAAAGAUAUCUUCUAUAUAUCAAUCUUAACAUACCUAUCAUUGACUAUUAAAACACACACACAUAAGUGUGGUGCAGUUUAACUACAUAACUUACAAAAUUUAACAGUUCAUGGAACAUUUAAGAUCAAGUGAAUAGCACUUUAAAAUGAAAUAUGAUAAAAGCAGGUACAUUACACCCUAUACCAUAUUAUGUAUGGGAAAACAUUUCAUUUUUCUCAAUUAUGAUUUGCCAAUUUUACCUUCUACAUUGAGCCCUUCUAUGGUCCAUGCUCAUCGGCUCACCAAUGGCAUACACUCAAAGGAUUCCUCUUUAUGGGUAACUAUCUCAGGACCUGAUUUUAUGAGCUAUGAUUUGGUGCUUGCAGCAUCUUCAGCACUGUGUGUGAAAAUGAAGGCAGUAUUUUUGAAUAUUUUUCUUUGUUGUAAAGAUAAGCAGGAGUUUUAAAAGGAUCAGCACAUUUUAGAAAUUGAAUAAACAAAACGGCUAUGAUGCUGCUUUAAUACGUUCAUCUUAAAAUAUGUACCAGUUAAAAUCAUCUAUAAGAACACACAAACAUUUUAAACUGGCAAAAAUAAAAUAAAUGCAGCGUCAGUUAUUAAAGUAUUAUAAAUCAGAAAAAUACUGGUUGCUAUACAGAUUAUGAAAGGUUAUUUGCUAUACAGUUAACAUUUCACUGAUGCACAUGCCUUUUAUCAAAACAUACUGCCAGUAUUCCUUAUAAUUUUUUCCUUUUUCAUUGUAUAUAAAAGUUAUGAAAACUGAAUUGUCUAAAAAAAAAAAAAGUAAUAAAAUUUGACCCAUAAAAUCCUUACUGAAUAGGGAAAAAACAAAAAAACAAAAACAUUCCAUAGCUUUGGAGGGCAAAGAAAAUGUCAAUCAUAAACAGAUUGUGAAGGCUGUUGAAGUUUCUGACCAAAUGAUCUCCUAAAUCCUGAAAACUACGUAACUGUCCUUUAAAAUUUUUAACAAUUCUUCUAUAUUUGGGAAAAGAUUAUAAAAAAGUUUGGAUGUAGUUUAAUUACAGCAGCAAUCUACUUAUCAUUUUUUUGUUUUAAUAAAAAAAUUAAAAUAAAAAACAUUACCCAGAAAUGUAAACAGUUGUUUGAACAACUUACAGACUUUCCACUGAAACGGUAGCAUAAAUAACAAAUUACAUUUUGGGGAAGCAAGAGCAGAUUGCUUUUGAAUACACAACCACAAACCCUCACAGGGACAACAUUAAUGUACUGAAGUAUUUACUCAUAUAUGUCCUUAGGUUGUGCUUACCUGUUGCUUUUUGCAGCAGGACCUAAGGUGGAAGAUCUGGGAAGGCACUGUGAAGUAUAAAUAAUUGCACUGUUUGCAAUUAAUCAAGAUUUUAAACCUUAAAUGAAUCAAAAUCAACAGCCUCCAAUUUGUGAGUUAUGAUAUUGAAUCCAACUGAACUAUCUCUUCAGUUUAAUUAAUAAAUGCACCACUUUCCUAAAAGGUCAUCUGUAAAACAGUAUCAUGCAAAAUACUGAAAUUGUUCACAUCAAUACCCUAACCUUAAAGAUAACAGAUAACUAACUCCUUAACUCUUUAUUAAACUUCGAACUAGAACUACAUUAUCCAUAUCUAAUUAAGGGUAAGGGAAGUCACUCUAGGUUCUAUAAACAGUCAAAAAACAUUUCAAAAUAUCUACAAUGAACUGUACUGCUAUUUUCUAUCCUAUAAGUAAUCUCAACAUUUAUGUCCAUGUACAUCUUCCUUCAUAGUAUAUUCAGAACAACAAAUGGUGCUCCUCACCAAUGAAAGAACUAGUAUAUAUAUUUAGGAAAUGGUGUUAAAACCACUAUAUCACUUAAUAUUUGCAAACUGAAAACCACUCUGUCCGAUACAUUUCAAGUCUUUGAUAUUAAUAUAUAAGAUAUGCAUACUUUACACUGAAAAGCAAUAUAUUUUAGGAGCACCAAUGAAUAAUACUACUCAACUUUGUUUUCUUUAGCUACAGCUAAAGCAUAUCAAAAAUACUUACCCAUUAAGCUCACUUAAAAAAAAAAAUACAGACCUAUGAAUUAUUCUAUGUUAAAUUAAGCAGUUAUGGUUUUCCAAGAUAUCAGCACUGUAUUCCAACAUAAUAUUCACACAAAGUAUAGCAUUUACAUUAUGUGGAACAUUGACAAAAAGAUACUGUUGCAGUUCAUCAAUUUGUCAUUCUGAUGUACUUACAGUGCAAUGCUCCUUGAAGGAACACAAUCAAGGAUGAUACACAGCACAGUCCUCCUCACCCCUACAGAGCUAGUUCUAUACUGGCUGGAUCAAACCUGCACUUCAACAGACAAUGGCAAGACAGACUGUAUUUGCAUGUAGUCUAAUAUAUUAAUAUGCAAAGAGCCAACAAAUAUGCAAAGAGUAAAACAAUGGAUUUCAACAAAAUAUCAGAACUUCAGCAUGAGUGUUAUAGAGUAAUAAAAUGAUUUCAAGUACAUAAAAAAAUUAAGUUGAUUCAAUGAUUGGACUUGUGCAUUUACAAAACAAAGCUUAUCUAUACUGCAAAAAGAAAAAAAAAAAA